CUUCCACUGAUCAAAAUCCAAUGCCUGGUUCCGGAAGGCCUCGGGAACCAGGCUAGAGAAUGCUUACGGACGAGUAAAUUCAUGCCAUUUUGUUGAACGUGAAUAUAAGCAUAGAAUAUAAAAUUUUCUCGGGCAUCUACGUAAUAUAAGAUCGGCUUACAGUACUUUACUUUUUACUCGACUCAGAGUUGUCGAGGGUGGGCGGUAAAUCUAGUACUGCCGACUCCCGAUGGUCCCGGAUUGCGAUGUUUUUUAAAGAUAAUACCGCUUUUGAGUAGGUGACAUUUCAAGUUUAAAAAUUUAUACUUAUUAUUUUUUUUUUUAAUUGUGUGAAUCAAUUUGGACAUAAAGUUUGUUCCUGAGAAGUAUGAAGUUAUUAUGUUCGCCGAUUUUAAUAUUAUCUAUAAAACAUCGCAAUCCGGGACCAUCGGGAGUCGGCAGUACUAGAUUUACCGCCCACCCUCAGAGUGAGUUGUCUGCCGCUUGGUGUCGUAAAAAGUUUACAGGAUAGGACCACUCGUUGAAGGCUAUAUUGAUAUUAGUUGUUACUGUAGUUUCAUUACUUUCAGAUUUCUAAGCAAAGGAUGAGUGCAACCUACUGCGACGUGAUGAAAAGGAAACCAAUAUGGCGAGCUGUCAACUUUGAUUGGAAUUUUUUAGUAGAGGAAGGUGGUCCUUCACGCAGGACGGGAAUUCUCAACGAGAGACAAAUUUUUAAGAGCAUGGUGGAAAAAUUAAAGUUCAAAAUAUACCCAGAAGAUACCAAACAAACGAGAAAUCUAUCCAAGAAAAAGUUUCAUGAAGAACUGAUGAAUUUUAAAAAUCUCUGUGUAGAAGAAUCUUGUGGCUGUAUUUUGGUGGCAGUGUCAUCUCAUGGCGUUAUCUUGAAGACGGACACACCGCCAGAAGAGGAGGUGGAAGUGUACGAAGAUUACAUACUUACACACCCUGAACCUGAUAGAUCGUCCUAUUCUGAAGGUUUUAAAGACGAACGUGUCACAGUGAGGGAAAUAGUGGAAGUUUUCAGAGAUAAAAGGCUAAAAGGAAUACCAAAAAUAUUUUUUAUUCAGGCAUGCAGGUCUAAAUCUGAACCAGGUAAAAAGAAGGAAGAUAUUGAUCUGGGCAUACCAUUUGUAGUAUAUGACAAUGAAGAGAAACGUGAAGGUAUUUCUCAUUACUUGCCACGACCACCAGCUGAAAAUAAGAUAAUGUACUCCCCACCGUGUAUAGAUGACAGCGUCAUUGUGUUCUCGACACCGCUGGGUUAUGCAGCAGGAUUUGAAUCUAGAAGAGGUAGCCAUGUGUGGAAUGUUCUUGCUAACAAAUUGAAAAACAUGUCGGAACCUGUGAAACUUCUUGAUUUAUUAAAGGAGACGAAUAGAGAACUAUCUCAUCCUCAAGAGCCAAAAAAUGUAAAAGAAAUUGAUGGAUUGGAAUAUAAGCCACUUCUUAGUAUAUGCUAUACAUUAACAAAGCACAUCGUGUUUAAGUAAUGACGAUCAUGUUAUUGGAAAAAAACAUAUGGUCCAGUGAAACUCGCUCCUUCUGAGGUCCUUAAUAAGCAGUAUAUGAUGUAGUAUAUUUUGUAACAAGUUUAGAUAUACCUUAUGUAAUAUAUAAUUUUUUUAUAUAAAUGUUGCAUAAUUCUGGCAUCGAAAACAUUAAGAUGGAUCCAAAGAUGCUGCUGAUGUGUGGAUGUACAUAGUAUGAUUUUAAUAAAAAUAGAUUUAUCA